AACAUAAGUUUAGUUUGCGUUCAACAACGGUUGUCAUCUCAUACAAACUAAGUAACAACAGGAUAAUAGUGAACCAUCUUUCGGUAGACGAAAUUUGGCAAAAUCAGUCGUUUUACAAAUCUUCGUCAAUAUUAUCUUCCUAGAGAUAACGAAAGAGAUCCCUUAAACUACCGGUGUACGAUAAAAACCACACAUCUCAAAAUGGUUUACAACUUCAAAGUAUUCAAAAAGUGUGCCCCCAAUGGCAAAGUCACCAUCUACAUGGGAAAACGUGACUUCGUCGAUCACGUGUCAGGAGUGGAGCCGAUUGAUGGCAUCGUUGUUCUGGACGAUGAGUACAUCCGUGAUCAGCGUAAGAUUUUCGGACAAGUCGUCUGCUCCUUCAGAUACGGCCGUGAGGAGGACGAAGUUAUGGGCUUGAACUUCCAGAAGGAGCUUUAUCUGGCCUCGGAACAGAUCUACCCGCAGCCGGAGAAAUCGGGAAAGGAACAGACCAAAUUGCAGGAGCGUUUGCUGAAGAAACUGGGCCCAAAUGCCUUCCCGUUCACCUUCAACAUCUCUCCCAAUGCCCCAUCCUCAGUGGCCUUACAGCAGGGCGAGAGUGAUCAGGGUGAACCAUGCGGGGUAUCUUAUUACGUGAAGAUCUUCGCUGGAGAGUCAGAAACCGAUCGUACUCAUCGCCGAAGCACCGUUUCCCUAGGAAUUCGCAAGAUCCAAUACGCUCCGACCAAGCAGGGCCAGCAACCAUGUACUGUUGUUCGCAAAGAUUUCAUGCUAAGCCCUGGAGAACUUGAGCUGGAGGUGACCCUGGACAAACAACUGUACCUACAUGGAGAGAAAAUCGGUGUCAACAUCUGCAUCCGGAACAACUCCAACAAAGUGGUUAAGAAGGUCAAGGCUAUGAUCCAACAGGGGGUGGAUGUGGUCCUGUUCCAGAAUGGAAGUUACCGCAACACUGUUGCUCAUAUGGAAACCGGUGAAGGAUGUCCUAUCCAGCCAGGUUCCAGUCUUCAGAAAGUUAUCUACCUGACACCACUGCUAUCUUCGAACAAACAACGCCGUGGCGUAGCUCUGGAUGGACAGAUCAAACGACAUGAACAAUGCCUGGCCUCAACAACCCUGUUGGCUCAACCAGAUCAACGGGACGCUUUCGGAAUCAUCAUCUCGUACGCCGUCAAGGUCAAACUGUUCCUGGGAGCUCUCGGUGGCGAACUAUCUGCCGAAUUACCUUUCGUCCUCAUGCACCCCAAGCCUGGCAGCAAGGCCAAGACCCUGAUCCAUGCCGACAGCCAAGCUGAUGUGGAAACCUUCCGACAGGAUACCAUUGAUCAGCAGUCUGUUGAUUUCGACUAAUCCAGCAGCUCCGCGCUGCUCCAACUAACUCACUAUCCAACACUGACAACAAGAAGCAGAGGAACGCAAAGAACAAGCUGAACGAAAACGAACGAACGAGACACAUUGAAAAAAUAACAAAAAUAACAAAAAAAAACUUUUUUUUUUGCUGAAGCUACUUGAUAUUUCUGAUCUCAUCUCUUUAUUUUUAAUCUCAGCUGCAAAACAAUAAAAUUAUCUUAUUUGCCGUUGAUUCCGACCAGUGAUAUUUAGCACGCAAAUGCACUUUAAGCUGUAAUGAUCUAAUAAUUAAUUGGAAAGAUGGCCAUCGAAAAA